AUGAAAACGGUCAUCCAAAUCUUGUGCUUCUUCCUUUUAAUAACUUUUUACAAAUGUGCAGUCAUCACUGGGGCGUGUGAGAGGGAUCUGCAGUGUGGAGCCGGGACAUGCUGUGCAAUCAGUCUGUGGCUUCGAGGGCUCAGGAUGUGCACUCCACUGGGACAGGAAGGGGAUGAAUGCCACCCAUUCAGUCACAAGGUCCCUUUCCUUGGAAAACGCCAACACCACACUUGCCCGUGUUUGCCAAACUUUAUAUGCUCCAGGUUCAUUGAUGGCCGAUUCCGGUGUUCAGUAGACUUCAAGAACAUAGACUUUUAA